UUCUUUGGCAACACAAACUUUGAAAAAUUGUAAACAAACAUUAGUUUCGGUUUUUGCCUUAAGUCACAUGCAUUUUUAAAUUUUACCUUGAACUGUGUGUAUCGUAAUUAUUCUUCAAUAUGUAUUAAAUAACUCCUCGUUUUUCAGUAUGCAACGAAUAAAAUAUGAUGUAAUUGUCGUUGGGGGUGGUAUUAUUGGAACUGCCACAGCAAGAGAAUUACUGUUGAGACAUCCCCAUCUUCGACUUGCAAUAGUUGAAAAAGAAUCUAAAAUUGCUGCUCAUCAAAGUGGACAUAACAGUGGUGUUGUUCAUACUGGUAUUUAUUAUACUCCUGGUUCUUUAAAAGCAAAAUUAUGUGUUGAAGGAUUGGAUCUGGCAUACAAAUAUUUUUCUGAAAAAAAUAUAAAAUAUAAAAAAUGUGGAAAGAUGAUUGUAGCUGUGAAGAAGAAAGAAAUCAAAGCAUUAGAUGCUUUGUAUAAUAGAGCAGUUCAAAAUGGAGUGAAGGAUAUAUCUCUUCUUGAUUCUCUGGGAAUUAAGGAAAUAGAGCCAAAUAUUCAAGGUCUCAAAGCAAUUUGGUCACCAAAUACAGGAAUUGUAGAUUGGGGAGAAGUUACACAGUCAUAUGCUGAAGACUGUAAAUCUAUGGGUGCAGAUAUAUAUUUCAAUUUUAAAGUGAGCCAGUUUGUUCCCCUACAAGAGACUCGAAAAACAAUUCUUGUCCAGAGUAAAUCCAUGGAAUUAUUAGGGCAGCAUGUUGUAACAUGUGGUGGAUUACAAUCUGAUAUUCUGGCUGAAAUGACUGGCUGUAAUAGACUACCAAGAAUUAUUCCUUUCCGGGGGGAAUAUCUCGUUUUAAGACCUGAGAAGUCAAAUUUAGUAAAAACUAACAUUUAUCCUGUACCAGAGCCUGGAUUACCUUUCUUGGGGGUGCAUAUUACUCCUCGCAUUGAUGGUUCUGUAUGGUUAGGUCCAAAUGCUGUUCUUGCUUUGAAACGAGAAGGCUAUGGUAUUACAGAUAUCAAAAUGGAUGAAGCAUUUGAUAUAUUACGAUUCAAAGGUCUUCAAAAAUUAGCUAUGAAGCACUUUUCCUUUGGCCUAUCAGAAGUUUACAGAAGUAUUAACAUAUCUGCUCAAGUCAAUAUCUUAAAACAAUUUUUGCCAACAUUGAAAAACUCUGAUGUUAUGAGGGGACCAUCAGGGGUGAGAGCCCAGGCACUUGAUGCUAAUGGAAAUCUAGUUGAUGAUUUCAUAUUUGAUUCCGGGAAAGGGAAGUUUGCAAGAACUGUUCUGCAUGUUAGGAAUGCCCCCUCUCCGGCUGCUACAUCCUCUUUGGCCAUAGCAAAAGUUAUCGCUGAUAAAGUCAGAGAAAAAUUUCAUAUCAGACAAACUGAAAGCAAUGAUUGUCUCUAAUUAUGAGAGUUAUGGACAGUUGAAAUGUGAUAUCAGCUAAAGUGCUUCUUGAACUAAAUCAAAAUGUUUAUUUUAUCUAUAAUUAUUUUGCAUUUUUAUAUCAUAAUCUAAUUAUUUCAUUGGGUGUUAUCAUGCUUAUUUAUAUUAUUGUUUUAGUUAAGGAAUGUGUAAAUGCUCAUUUUUAUAAUGAAGUUAUUAAAUUAUCUUUAUUUUAAUAAUCCUUUUGAACUGAAAUGGUUUUUUAAUUAAGAUUGUCCAAUUUAGUAAUUUUAUGUUAGUUUGAAGCUGAUGAGAGUUUGUUUGGCUAAUUUACUAUAUUGUUGGCUAAUUUACUAUAUUUUUAGUAUUAAUGUAUUUUUGUACAUUAUAAUUUAAUAUAUUUCUAUAUUUUUAAUUUCAAAGUUAAAAAAA